GAAGAACAGGGAGCAAGGAGUUUAGAGAGAGAGAAAUAAAAAAAUAAGAGAGGGUAAAACAGAAAGUCAAUGGAGAAAGGUUUUAUAGGAAGCUCAAAAGUUCGAAAGGAAGGAUGUUUUACAGGAGGCUCAAACAAAACAGGGGAUAUUACUUUUAUGGCUAGCAAUCAUGAUUCUAGAAUCAAAGCUGUGCCCUUGCACGACUACAUCAACUCAAAGCUGCAGAUCCCCAACAUCAUCGCAGCUGAUUUUUCUGUCCUCUUCUUUGAGGUUGAUUUUUGUUGGAGUUAGUUGUGUUGGGUGCUCCACGGUAUUUGCAGCAGAUUAGUUGGAAAUCUCCAAACAGCAGAGGGCUUUAGAGACGCUCUUUAUGUUUUACUAUGCGUCAUCCUCCAUUCCUACUAUAAUUGCUUACAUAGAAGCUACUAACAUAGAAAUAUAAGUAAGGAUGGAAAAAGAGUUUUGGAGUUCCAGUCAUCCCACUACCAUGUGUUAUUAUGUUUUUCUUGGCCUCUCCACUUUAUUUCAAGGAGAAACCAAAGAAAAGGUUGUUCACUAGCUUUGCCCAAGUGAUUGUAGUAGCUUACAGGAAUAGAAACAUGUUGUUUCGCCUUCCAAACGCAAGUGGGUGUUACCUUCCCAGCAAGGACUCAGAGAUUGUUGUGCCAAGUGACAAGUGGGUGGGGUUAUGGCCACCAAUUUAUUUGUUAAGAUCACCAAAAUUGUAUUUCAUUUUAUUGAUAUUAUAGUUUUUUUCUUAAACAAAUAAUUAUGAUAUCACCAAUUAUGAUAUCACCAAUGAUGUAAGUAGUUCAGUAAUCAUCUCCCUCCUCUAGAACUAAGAGAUUCUAAGUUUGAG